CAUACUUGUGCCUACUGCAAUCAUUUGCGAUAUCCUGCAUACCUCGAGUUGUUAUACCAUCUUGGGUCUAACGGAGACGAUACAGCUCCUCAUCAUGUUCCUGUCCCCUUUCCUUUCUAACCUCAGGUUUACCUGGGCUCAAGGGCACAAUGGCACGUACUGUUUGGCCACAAGCUGGAUAACGGAAACGUUGUUUACUGCUUGUGGGGUCCUAGAAACAACUACGGUUUACGAAGAAGCGCCUUGUCCGCUCACGAUCAGUAUCGUACUUCCCGAUGUCGUCUUGACAGCAGUGACGAUACAGCCGGCUAGCUCGCCAACUGCAUGCUGCGUUUACCUACACCACCAUCUUCCCUUAAACUGAUCGCCUUCGAACCGAAGGCCACUGAUGUAGACAAGAUCUUCUUCUAUACGAAUAACAACGCUACAUCCCCAUAUUACGUUGAUACGCUGGCACACGGGUUCCGUUGUCUCCUUGAUUUAUCGCCAGAGGCCUUAGCGGCCGGCCGUCUUGCUGCGUAUCUGUCCAACGGGGAGUCCAUCAUCUUUGACGAGACUGGCAUGCACUACUAUGGUGCAGGUUGUAACACAACAACUUCCGUCGCCAUCUCCAAUUUCUUGGCCCAACUCGCAGGAUUGCCAGAUGCAUCGCCAUCAUCCGGCGCUGACCAAAGAGGCAGAAGAAUCAGAAAAAGAGACCUUCCCGAGACCAACUUUACUGUCGCAGUUCAGUUUUGUCGACAUCCAGAACAUUACAGAAUGGGACAUACACUCCUGGACAUGCCAAUAUCCCGGCGCCAACAGCAGCGAGAAAAGCUGUGAGGACAAGUUUCACUCCUUGUUCAAGCCCGGCUCGCCUUCUCUCUCGGGACCUGGCCUCGAUCAGACCGGAAACGCUCUCUUCAACUUCGUUCCCCGUCUCAUCAACCGCGUCGAAAAAAAUAUCGCGAAUCUCUUCCCCGGCAUCAGCGAACCGCUUCAACACGGCCUAGCUUGGCUCAACAAUGCCCACAACGCCGUGCUGCACGCUGCUGAUGUCGGUUGGGGUGAACUUUGUUGAGAUACUCCAUGCCCUCGACGAAUACGAUCUUAUCUUGUCAGACCCAGGAUUGCCAAGCUUGCACACCAUUGGGAACUACCACUCGCCGCCGGCAGCAACAAUCACCGAGGUGUUCGAGUCCCAUCCAGAAAGAUCACGAAGGAACCGCCGAGACAGGUAGUACCGACAGAGACAAGCUUCCCGAACGUGACGGAGACUUCGUUCUCGGAGAUUCCAGAUAUUCCCGAUCUGGCGUCAACGUUGAUGUCAGCAGAGGAGAAGUUGAUCAAGGCUGACAUUACUCCUUUUACGUCAUUGGGAUCUUUGCUUGAUGCCCCGCUAGAGCCAAGUGAUGCGGAGGCCUUUGAGAGGUUGUCGACUGUCACUGUGACGGCUAUUGUCACGGAAAUUGUGACAUGGUUUGGGAUGACUUCGUCGGCAGCAGAAGUUAGUUUUGUUUCGAGCACGUCUGCUAUAGAUUUAGUCGCAUCUUGAGGGAUGAUAGUUCGGCGAGGUGAACAGCAUACUGGCCUUUGUGAUGUCGUUGUUUGGUGAGAAUUCAGGAGGUGUCUACUUUCGAGAGGUGAUGAAGCUCAUCGUGUACCAUUCAUUCGAUGUUUGUAUUCUACGUAAUGGUAUCUUCCUUGAGGAUCAGAUAGCAGAUUUGACUGCUGAUGGAACAUAUAAUCCAAUGUUGUU